GUGAAAUUUUCGUUUGGCGGAUUUCUAUUGCCUACCCAUGAUAAAAAGUCUUUUAAUUUUUUUUACUCGUGACAAAAACAGUUGUCAUUAAGGUGCAACUAACUUCCCAAAGUAUUCCAGAAGAAAAGCCAUGGCGUUAAGAUCACGCAGCGUGAUCUUCGUAUGCUUUGGAAAUAUCUGCCGCUCCCCGAUGGCCGAGGCUAUCUUCAGAAAGAUGCUGGAAGAAAGGGGGUUGGGUGAAAAGUGGGAAGUGGACAGUGCUGGAGUAGCAACGUGGUUUAUAGGGAGCUGUCCGGACCCCAGAGCCAUAUCGGCGCUCAGUAGCAGGAAUUAUACGAUAACGCGCAGGGCGAGGCAAGUGACAGAUAAUGACUUCAACUACUUCGAAUACAUGCUUGCAGUAGACGACGACAUACUGGCCGAUCUUGAAAGGAUGGCACCUGACGAUGCUAAAUCGAAGAGAGAACUUCUGGGGAAUUAUGACCCGUCAGGAGAUUUAUUCAUAGAUGAUCCGUAUUUUACCAAAGGAGACAAAGAAUUUUUGAAAACCUUGGAUCAUUGCAAAAGAUGCUGUGAAGGGUUCUUAAAGAGGGUCGUCUAUGGUAGUAAAUAAUAAUAUUAGCACUUCAAUAUCAACCGAGAUCCAUUUGGAAUAUAUUACAAGACGAUGCACUAUCCGUUCGUAUUCUUAUCACUAUAAUUUAAAAUCUGUUUAAUUAAUUUAAUUUUGUCAAUUUGAACUAUAGAAGACAGUACAGUUUAUUUCUAUUCUUUGACAUUCGGUAAUUUAUGAAAAACAAAAUUUUACAUCAAAAGAGUAUUUGUUUGCGAAAAAAUUUAAAUUAAAUUAUAAACCUAAAACAAAU